AUGUUAGCGAAAUGCAACGUGUCCGCUUUAUACCGCAGCAUCUUCGAUAGCAUAUACAGUCUUAAAUAUGCUCCUCCGGAGGUCGUCUCAUUUGUGGGCCAGCUCCAACCGCUGGUCAAUGGUCGCGCUGGACUUCCCAGACAUUCACCACCUCCUCCUCUUGGCAGUGGCGGCGGAGGCACCAACCGCAGCACCGCCAGCCGCAGCAGUAACACUGGGCACGAUUCAGAGCUCGCAUUACUUCAACAGAGGCGGCUCUCCCACUCCCUUGCCAGCACCAGCACCAGCGCCAGCACCAGCACCAAUACAACCACCUGCACAAACAUCAACACCGCGAACUUAGAUAUUCCCACCAGCUCAUGGAACCUGGACCCCGGCUGCUCAACGGGAACGGUGAACACGGCGCUAGGGGAGACAGUCACGGAUGCAGCUGCCGCCGCCGCCACCGCCGCUGCUGUCUGGACUCGGCCUUAUCGCAGUGCGCUACUGCGUUCCAGCCGGCAACUGACGCCCGCACAGGCAGCUGUUCAACUACUGCGCAUCGCCGACAUGGACGUGCGUGCCCCCUCGCCAAAGGAGCUGUUGGCGGCAGGCUUGGAUCUUCUAGACCAUUGGGCCUUACGUGAGGCGCUGGACGUGCUACAGCCGCGGUUGCAGCAGCUGUCGGUGACUCAGCUCCAGAGGUGCUUGGAGACGCUGGCAGUAGUACGGCACCCGCCGACUGACCCGUGGUUCCACGAGUGGCUCCUGGCUUCGGAGCGGCAACUGGAAGCCGCGGAUGCCACGGAGGUGUACGGCAUGUUGGUCGCUAUGCGGGCCUUGCGUCAGAGGCCCCAGUCUCAGGAGUGGAUUGAGGGCGCAAUGAGGGCCUUAUUAGGUCACCUGCCGCAGCUGGAUGCCGUACAAGUGGUGGAGUUGCUAGGGUGUUUCGUUGACUUGGCGCUACGGCCACCUGAGAGGUUGUUGAAUCAUAUAUUUGCGCUGCUACUGCCGGAUUUGCCACAGCUACAGCCUGGUGUUGUUCUGGACCUGUUGUCGAGCUGUACCAGGCUGCGUGUGGCUCCACCGCCGCAUGCGCUGAGCGCUGCCCUCGGCGUGCUGACUCCGUCGGUGCUGGCAGCGGCGCCGCCGGCGGCGCUUUGCAGGCUGGCGGCAGCCCUGGCGGCGCUGCGGCUACAGCUGCAACCGGCGUUGCUGGCGGCGCUCAUCGGACGAGCGGAUGUGCUGUUGCGGUCGGCUGUCGCGACAGCAGCAGCACCAGCAGGUGCGGGCGGUAGCGGACGUGUGGCGGCUACACGGGACAGGGGCAGUAGCAGUGGCGGAACAGCUGCGGCAUCGGCGGCGGCAUCGGCGGCAGCGCAACCGCUGGGCUCAAGCAUCGCUUCUGAUUUCCCGCCCGCUGCUGUUGGUGUUGCUGCCGCCGCCGCCAGCGGCGAGGUUUUGGCUGACGGGAAAGACGGCGCCGCAAGGCGUCCUGUGGAUGCUAGCACGCGCAUUCUGAGACCCCGCCGGGUUAAGGCACGUCGUACUUCCAGCGUAGUCAGCGCCGCUGCCGCCGCUGCUGCUACUGCAGUCCCGUUGCCGUCAGCGGUGGCAGCGGAGGGUCCUGUAGCACAAGUCCACUCAGGCGACGGCGGCGAUGAUGAGGACACGACGCUGCUGCUGACGGCGGAGGUGGCAGCGGCGGCGGCGCCGCCGCCAGGUACCUCGACGGCGCAGCCGGUGGACAGUGCGACGUUGACGGGACCGCAGUUCUCCCGUCUCCUCCGGGAUCUGCGUGCCCUUGAGGCCCCCCUGCCGCCGUACUGGGGUGACCUGUGUGGACACGUCCUCGUGUCGCUCACCACAGACGUCUCGUCCAUGCCUGUCGUAGAAGUGUCGUACCUGAUGCGCACGGCGGCCCGCUGCGGCUUGACGCUGCCGCUGGGCGCUGUGCGGGUUGCGGCGGCGGGUCUGGAAACGAGCUUACGCGCCUCGGCGGAGGCGCGACGGCGGAGGCUGGUACGGCAGCGGCAGGGGAUGAUGCGUGGCAAGGCAGCGGCGGCGGGGGCGGAGGAAUACGUGGCUGAGUUCGCACCUGGGCUUGAGAACGACGGCGAUGGCGACUUGGGCUACAUCGCCAUGGCUGGGGAUACAACGGGAGAUGGGAGCAGUGCUGCUGCUGCAUGCGAAGGUGAUGGCCACGAUCGAAGCGGGCACGAGGGUUGCGGCGGCGAUGACAAUGAUGGCGAAGGAGAAGCAUUGUCGCGGGGCGUAGCAGCUUCUGGAUACUGCGUACAGCCAUGGACCGCCAAGGCACUUUCCAUCACCACCACCGCCCUGGUGCCGUACGCAGCCCAUCUACCGCCUUCCCUUCUACACGCGCUGUACGACAACUUGUACGACAACCUAGAACGAUUUGACCUGCCGGAGCUGACAGCGACGUUGCAUGCGCUGCCGCUGCUGCUGGUUGCGGCGGCGCCGUCGCCGGGCCAGACGCGCUUGCCCCGCGGGGCUGCCGCCACCGGGAUGUCUACACCGCCGCCGCCGCGGCCGCCGCCGGCCCUCGUGAUGUCGUACCUCUCUUGCCUGUACGGCCGAAUGCACAGAAUGCAACCUUGGCAACUCUCUAUGUGCAUCUUCUCACUGCUGCGCCUUGGCGGCCGACCUGAGCCCUUGUGGAUGGAUGCGUUUCUCGGCCAAGUGUACCGCAAGCUGCCGUAUAUGAAUGAAGUACAAAUUGCGACCGUCCCGUGGGUCGUCGCGAAGAUGUCGUACCGGCCGCAGGCGGGCUGGGUCGACCGAGUUCUCUCCGCGGCGGCGGGUCGGCUGUCGUGUUUCUCACCCCGACAUCUUUCCCAGCUGGUAUGGGCGGUGGCUGUGAUGGGAUACCGGCCGGGCAGCGAGUGGAUGGUCCGUUGGUUGGAUAAGGCCCGUGCACAUUUCCGUACGUCAGAUGGCCGUACGCUAGCGACGCUGGCGUGGGCAGUGGCUUCUGUGGGGCAUCGGCCGGAGGGCGAGUGGUUGCAGGAGCUGUGCGAGCACCUCGCCCGCCGCCUGCCGUACACCUCCCCUCGCGCCGUCAGCAAUACUCUGGCAGCAUUAGCGGCGCUGGGUCACCGGCCCGACGCCAGCUGGGUAAACGCCGUCGCAGAGCAUGUGCAGUUACGGCUGCCGCCGCCGGCGGGCGGCGCCGCUGGUGGCGGCACUGGCGGCGGUAGCCCUGCGGCGUCGUAUACCGCGGAAGGUAGCGGCUGCUACAGCCUACAGGACCUGUCGCACGUCUGCUACAGCCUCGCGCGCCUGGGCUACAUCCCGUCAGGCGGCUGGCUUGACGCAGUGUCUAACGCUGCCGCACGGUUGGCGUUACAAGAUCCCGCGACGGCGGCGGCGGCAGUGCCGGCGGCAGCAGCAGCAGCGGCGCACGCGAAGCACAUUGCUCUGCUAAUGCUAGCGCUGUCGCGUCACCGCCGGCGGCCGCCGGCGGCGGCCUGGUCCGAUCUCCUCGAAGGGCUGUACCCUUGUCUGCCGCACGCGUCGCCGCAGGCUUUGGCCGUACUGCUGUCAGCGGCGGCGGCGCUGCAGCUGCCCCUGCCCCGGGAACACGCAGGCGGUCUGCUUCUGGCGACCCACCGUCGAAUGGCGUUCUUCAGCAACCGGGGGCUGGCCAUGGUGUUCCGGGGGUUUGUGGGCCUAGGCAAGGAUCCUGGGGCGAAGUGGCUGGGGCGUUUGGAGGAGGUCCUGCGGCAACGGGCACUAGCUGCACAACAACAACAAGAAGAAGAACAGUUCGUGGCUCAACAGCAGCGGCAGCAUAGUAGGCUCCGGCCGGGCGACCAGCAGCAGCAAGGCCGUGCUGUAGUUAAAAACGCGGAUGAGGAGGAGAAAGAGGAGGAAUGGGAGGAAGGGAGAGGGGCUCAGGAAGAGGAGGAGGAACACCAGCAGCAGCAGCAGGAGGAGGGGCUCCGGGGCUUCGGUGGGCUGGCACCGCGGGAGCGAGUGUGCAUGCUGUGGGCGGCGGUGACGUUGGAAACCAUGGAGAUCUGUCCGGCUGCGGGUCAGGGUGGUGACAGUAAUAAUAAUGAAUCCGGGAGAGCGUAUCGGCGACUGCGGGGCGGUGAUCGUGAACCGCCUAGGGCACCAUCCUCCUCCUCUCCGUUGCCGUUGUUGCAUACACUCUCGCGACACCGACAGCAACAGCACCAGCAACAACAGCACCAGCAACAGCCGUCGUCUUCGGCCGCAUUCGUGGCCAGCGCAGUCAGCGGCGGUGGCGGGGACGGUGGCGGGGACGGCGGCUACCCCGCACCUCCACCGCCCCGAUGGGUCCGCAAGCCAGGGCCGCUGCAGCGACCGCUACGUCUGGAGGGUCUACUGACGCUACUGCUGCCGCCUCCGGAGCUGAGACAAGAGCCCACGGCGGCGGAAGGUCGUCCAGCGGUACAGCAGCGGCGGCGGUGGCGGCACAGGCGGCGGAGGGAUCCGGACGGUCACGGGCAGCGGCGUAGCGGCAGCGGCGGCGGCGGAGGUGAGCGGCAGCACCCCUGGAGCCCGCUAUCAGCCUACACCAGCCAGGACUUGGCCGUGAUCUGCUGGGCGUUAGGGCGGCUGCGAUUGAACCCCCGCGGUGGCGGCCUACUGGCGGCGCUUAUGACGGAGGUAUCGUACAGAUUGACUAGGGAUCCAGGCGCGGGUGCGGCGGCUGGAGGGAAGGUUUCCGCUCCGGAAGCAGCCGCAGCGGCGGAGGCGGAGGAGGCGGAGGCGGUAACAGCGGGGCGGAAAUCGCGUACGGCUCAUGGUGCCGUCCGCCGCCAUGGCGGCGGAAGAAGAGCGCUGGCGCCAAGCGAUUUCGCGUUGGCUUGCUGGGGAUUAAGCAGCGUGGGCAUGUGGCCGACGGCGUCGUGGCAGGCGGUGGUGGCGGCAGCGGCGCUUCGGUUCGCGCGUGAGGGCAGACUGUCACCACGAGACUUUGCGACGGUGCUGGCGGCGCUGGCGCGCUGGCGCCGUAAGCCGCGGGUACGGCCAGCUCUCCUGCGCCGGCUGCGGUUGGGGCCGCCGCCCGGCCGCCGGCCUCGAGCCGUGGACGGGAAGGCCGGCAGCCCCGCGGCCGAGCCGCCCCAAAGUACCCUUACCCUUGCUCACACUUCCGCCGCCGACUCCGCCGACGCCAGCGCAGCAAGCAGUCGCGGCGGCUUUAGCAGCAUGAGCACCGUAGCCGCACAAGCGGAUGGAGACCGACGACUACUGCCGCAGCGCUGCUACGACGCACGUAGCCUGGCAAGUCUGACAUGGGCGCUGGCGAGCCUCGGGGUGGCGCGGCGGCGGUUGCCAGUCGCCUGGCUGCCUCCGACCUACCGUGUUACACUGCUGGACAGUUUGUCCCGGUUGGGGCUGCGACCCGGGGCUGGCUGGCUGGAACAGGCAGAGCAGGUGGUCCUCCAAGGCGGCCAGCUGACCCUGGCCAGCUCCUACCGGGGGUUGGAGGCCGCGCUGAGGAGGAUGGCGGACGGGGCUGGAGGACCCCUAGGAAGCAGAGGAGGAGGAAGAGGAGGCGGCGGCUUAGAUUGCAAACCACGAACCAAGACCUGA